AUGACUGAUACUGAUACUACUACCACUCUUUACACUGCCGAAGAAGUCGCCGAACAUACCACCCAUGAUGAUUUAUGGGUUAUCAUUAAUGGUAAAGUCUACAACAUUUCCAGUUAUAUCGAUGAACACCCAGGUGGUGAAGAAGUUAUUCUUGAUUGUGCUGGUACUGAUGCCACUGAAGCCUUUGAUGAUAUUGGACAUUCUGAUGAAGCCCAUGAAAUCUUGGAAAAAUUAUACCUUGGUAACUUGAAAGGUGCUAAGAUUGUUCAAGCCAAACAUGCUCAAGCUAGUAAAUCUGAUGAAGAUUCAGGUAUUAAUUUCCCAUUGAUUGCCGUUGGUAUCUUUUUGGCUGCUUUCGGUGUUUACUACUACAAAUCCAACUUUGCUUAA